AUGAAAAACUCGGUAGCUGCUCUGGCCGUCAUGGCAUUGGGCUACGCCUCUGCCCAGUCAGCGACCAGCUCCGCCAAGGGCGUUCAGAAGCCCAGCACGCUUCCUUUACCAUCUGCCCUCACCUCUCACGGCUGCUACAACCAGAAUGCCACAUCAUGGCAAAAGUACGCCACUAAACAGGGCAUCAGCAGUGGAUCUUGCAACAUUGAAUGCACGGACGUCCAAAAGAAGAACGUCAUGGCACUGAACGGCGAGGACUGCUACUGCGGUGACUCCUACCCCCCAACAGAAGCCGUUGUCGACGACGCCAAGUGCAACUUCCCCUGCCCGUUCUACCCUGCCGAAGCAUGCGGUGGCGUGGACAAUAACGGUGCCUUGUACUUCUCCGUUUUCAACACUGGUAUCAAGCUCGUGGUGCCUAACGAACAGCCUGCGCCUACCACUUCAUCAGCUGCUAGCAAGCCCACAUCGUCGUCUGGUGGUGCCGUCGAGACCAUCAUUGAGACCCCUACUGUAUCGCCAACACCAACCGCUACUGGUGACUCGAAGAAGGGCGGCAGCAACACCGCCGGCAUCGCCGCUGGCGUCGUCGUCGGCGUCGUCGUCAUUGCUGCCAUUGUUGGCGGCGCCUUCUUCUUCAUUCGUCGGAGACGCAAUGCUGAGAUCGAGGAGGAGCACCGCCGCAACGCUGCCGUCAAUGCCUUUAUCGGCGGCUCGAAGCCCCCUAGCAGCAGCGGCAUGUCCAUGAGCGACUCCCGCAUGGAUCCCACUCUGGCUCAUCGACGCAUGAGUGACGGCAGCAUUGCUGACAACCAAGAUUACUCGCGGAAGAUUCUCCGGGUUACCAAUGCAUGA